AUGCUGCAUCCAUUGCGACAAAUGAGUAUAGAUUCUCUUUUGGUGGCCAACCGUGGUGAAAUUGCAUGUCGAGUCAUCAGGACUGCAAGAAGGUUGGGAAUCAGGACUGUUGCUGUCUACAGUGAUGUUGAUAAGUAUUCUCUGCAUGUGAAGAUGUCAGAUGAAGCCCAUCUCCUUGGACCUGCUCCAUCCAUUAAAAGCUACUUAAAUCAAAAGAAGAUCUUAGACAUUGCAAAGACAUCAAGAUGUAUUGCCAUUCAUCCUGGGUAUGGGUUUCUCUCAGAGAAUGCUGAAUUUGCAGAAGCUUGUGCUAAGGAGAAUGUCAUUUUUGUGGGGCCAUCUGCUUCAGCCAUUAGAGACAUGGGAGUAAAAAGCAAAGCCAAAAGCAUCAUGGAAGCAGCAGGUGUACCUGUUGUACCUGGGUACCAUGGAGAUGACCAGGCAUAUGACCAUCUUUUAAGGGAAGCUGAGUGCAUUGGCUUUCCCAUUAUGAUCAAAGCUGUUUCUGGUGGAGGAGGUAAAGGAAUGCGUAUUGCUCUCACUCAGAGUGGUUUUAAAGAAGCCCUGGAAUCAGCCAAAAGGGAAUCUCUGCAGGCAUUUGGAGAUGAUCGUGUUCUGUUGGAAAAAUACAUCCUAAACCCUCGCCAUGUGGAAGUGCAAGUGUUUGGAGACAAGUAUGGGAAUGUGUUGUACCUGAUGGAAAGAGAUUGUUCUGUUCAAAGGAGGCAUCAAAAAAUCAUUGAGGAAGCACCUGCCCCUGGAAUAAAUGAAGUGACUCGUAAGCACCUGGGUGAAGCAGCUGUGAGGGCAGCCUCAGCUGUCAAUUAUGUUGGUGCUGGGACUGUUGAAUUCGUCUAUCAGGAGGAGAGUGGGCAAUUCUAUUUUAUGGAAAUGAAUACCAGGCUCCAAGUAGAGCAUCCUGUUACUGAAAUGAUCACUGGCACAGAUCUUGUGGAGUGGCAAUUGCGGGUUGCAGGAGGCGAGCCACUUCCUCUGUCACAGGAUGACAUUUCAUACAAAGGCCAUGCGUUUGAAGCUCGUAUCUAUGCUGAGGACCCUAGUAAUAAUUUUUUACCUGGUGCUGGAAAGCUAUUUUACCUCAGGACUCCAAUUCCAGAUGAAAUAACUCGUGUUGAAACUGGCAUUGUGGAGGGUGAUGAAGUGUCUGUGUACUAUGAUCCUAUGAUUGCUAAAUUGGUUGUUUGGGGGCCAGAUAGAUCAUCAGCUCUGAGGAGACUUGCAAAGAAGCUUUCUGAGUAUCAUAUAUCUGGAUUAGCUACUAACAUCAGCUUCCUCUUGUCUUUGUGCAAUCAUCCAGAAUUUCAAGUAGGGAAAGUUGACACUGAUUUUAUACCCAGGAAUCACAAAGACCUUUUCUCUGUUUCAGAACCUUCAAGUGAAAUAAUAAUUCAGGCUUGUCUUUACAUAUUGAUGAAAGAAAGAUUUGCAGUCUUUGGACAAAUAGCCAAAAAUGAUCCAUUGAGUCCUUGGGAGAGUGGAUGUAAAUCUUUUCGAGUGUCUCAUAUGAGUCAUAGGAAAAUUUAUUUACAUGAGCCAAGUUCUGACACAGAACAUGAUGUGAGUGUAUUUGAUAAUGGAGAUGGGACCUGUUCAAUGCACCUAAAAGGUAAUGUCUAUCCAGGUGUAAAUGGAGUGCUGCUGAAUGAGGGAGGGAAGACCUUAAUGAUCAGUUACAUCAAGGGAAUAGCAUAUCAUUCAUGGAUCCUCCCAAGUGAUAACCAGAUUCAUGUCAUUUCUCAUACGGGGAUCUUCCAAUUACAUCAGAGAGAGCCAAGGUUCAUCAAAGCUCAGUUGGAAGGUGAAGGAGCUGGUGAUGCCAUAGCACCCAUGCCUGGUGUCAUUCAAGAAGUUUGUGUGAAACCAGGUCAAGAAGUCUUACCUGGAGAUCCCCUGGUUAUUAUGAUUGCCAUGAAGAUGGAGUAUGUAAUCAAGGCUCCUUGUCAUGCCAAAGUUGAGAAAGUGUUUUUCAAACCAGGUGAUAGUGUUGCAAAAAAUGUAGAGCUUGUGCACCUAGACAGACAAUGA